CCGACGUGUCGCCGGGCACGUCUCCACCGCCGCGUCCCGCCCGCCUCACGUCAGCCGCCCGGCCCUUACUUAAGGCGGAGGCCGCCUCGCCCGCCCCGCCACCACCGCCGCCGCACUAGAGGAGGAAGACGCCGGCUGUGCACCAUGUCUCUCAAGGAUCAUCUCAUCCACAAUGUCCACAAAGAGGAGCACGCUCAUGCCCACAAUAAGAUCAGCGUGGUUGGUGUGGGUGCAGUUGGAAUGGCUUGUGCCAUCAGCAUCCUGAUGAAGGACUUGGCAGAUGAACUUACCCUUGUUGAUGUUGUGGAGGAUAAGCUGAAAGGAGAAAUGCUUGAUCUCCAGCAUGGCAGCCUCUUCCUCAAAACACCAAAGAUUACAUCUGGCAAAGAUUACAGCGUGACUGCACACUCCAAACUGGUCAUUGUCACUGCUGGUGCCCGUCAGCAAGAAGGAGAAAGCCGUCUUAACUUGGUCCAACGCAAUGUCAAUAUCUUCAAAUUCAUCAUUCCCAAUGUUGUGAAGUACAGUCCUGACUGCAAGCUGCUGAUCGUCUCAAACCCAGUGGAUAUUUUGACCUAUGUGGCCUGGAAGAUCAGUGGCUUUCCUAAACACCGUGUUAUUGGUAGUGGCUGCAAUCUGGACUCGGCCCGUUUCCGCCACCUCAUGGGAGAAAGGCUGGGCAUCCAUCCUCUGAGCUGCCACGGGUGGAUUGUUGGAGAGCACGGAGACUCCAGUGUGCCUGUCUGGAGCGGAGUGAAUGUUGCUGGUGUCUCCCUCAAGGCUCUCCAUCCAGACAUGGGAACUGAUGCAGACAAGGAGCACUGGAAGGAGGUUCACAAGCAGGUGGUGGACAGUGCCUAUGAGGUCAUCAAACUGAAGGGGUACACAUCAUGGGCGAUUGGCCUUUCUGUGGCGGAUCUAGCUGAAACUAUUAUGAAGAACUUAAGAAGGGUGCACCCAGUCUCUACAGCUGUUAAGGGCAUGCAUGGAAUAAAAGAAGAAGUCUUCCUAAGUGUUCCUUGUGUACUGGGCAGCAGCGGCAUCACUGAUGUAGUGAAGAUGAUCCUGAAACCUGAUGAAGAGGAGAAAAUAAAGAAGAGUGCAGAUACACUCUGGGGAAUUCAGAAAGAACUACAGUUUUAAACUUGUCCAAGCAAUUCACUAUUUGCAGUGUAACGGUUUAGUGGUUUGUCUUAAUGUUGCACUUUCCAAGUAGGUCAAAUCCUUUGGUGUACGUAUCUCAACUAGAACACAAACUAAAAUCUGAACAAAGGCGUUUCCUAAAGAUGGCAAUGAGGAAACUAUUCUAGGGUUUUCCCUGUUUUCAGACACUUAUAUUCUUAGCCAGAGCUCCAGCCACCUAGUAUUGUACAGUGAAGUGGUGUGACAUCAAUCCAGCAUUCAAAGCAGCACUGCCUUUUCCUCACCUUGUUUAAAUAUUAGCCCAGAACAAUAACUAACACAACGUGAAACCAAAGACUAUUUUCUUGCAGUCACAGGAUUGUCAAAUUAAUUGACAAGCCCUCUCUGCCAGCUGAAUAGCUUAAAUAUUUCACUGUUGGUAGGUCCAAAUAUUUUUCCUAACACUUCUUUGGAACUUGUGUAUACCUUUUUUUUAGAGGAACCUAUUUUUGUGUACUGUAUCGGACUAGUUGUAAAUUUGUCUCCAAAGCACAUUUAAAGAUCAUGUUAAGGUUUAUAUAUGCAACAAGACAAUGACCUGUAGUACCAGCUCCAACACCAAAUAAAUCAUGAAACGUA